CCGCGGAAAUUCGGCCCCUCCCCCGGGAGAUCGAUCCAUCGAUCCCCCGUCCCAUCCCCUCCCCCCGUCCCCAUGGACUCGGCGCCGCCAGCCGCCGGCGCCGGCUACCCGGAGUCGACCGACUCGUCCCCGCGCAGCCGCGGCGGGGACUCGUGGGACGAGCCCUUCCCGUCCUCGGCCGCCGCGGCGGCCGCGGGCGGCGGGGGCGGGCGGCUGCGCCUCAUGUGCAGCUUCGGGGGCCGCAUCGUGCCGCGGCCCACGGACAAGUCCCUCUGCUACCUCGGCGGGGAGACCCGGAUCGUGGCCGUCGACCGCAACGCCUCCCUCGCCGACGUCCACGGCCGCCUCUCCCGCUCCCUCCUCGCCGGCCAGCCCUUCACGCUCAAGUACCAGCUCCCCAACGAGGACCUCGACUCGCUCAUCUCCGUCUCCACCGACGAGGACCUCGACAACCUCGUCGACGAGUACGACCGCGUCGCCGCCACCUCCUCCUCCGGCGGCGCCUCCUCCCGCACCUCCCGGAUCCGCCUCUUCCUCUUCCCCGCCAAGCCCGAGUCCUCCUCCUCCCUCGGCUCCCUCCUCGACGACUCAUCCAAGUCCGAGAACUGGUUCGUCGACGCGCUCAACAGCGCCAUCUCCGGCUCCUUCGACGGCAUCCCGCGCGGGAUCUCCACCGACUCCGCCUCCGUCAACUGCCUCCUCGGCCUCGAGGACGACAACGCCUCGCAGCACUCCCGCAGCGGGGUGCCCAACUCCGGCCCGGCCGAGGACCAGCGGGUCAACCAGCAGAAGCUCGCCGCCGCGGCCGCCGCCGCGAGGCACCAGCACGACGUGCAGUCCGUGCCCGACUCGCCGAUGCUGGACAAGAACUCCUCCUUCGGCUCCACCUCCUCGGCGCCGUCCCUGUCGAAUCUGCCGCCGAUUCGGGUCCGGCCCGAGGACCGGCAGCCUGUGGCGCCGCCGGUCUCUGUAGAGGAUCACUUUGCCCAGAUGGGGAUCUCGGAGCAGCAGGGCCUGCCUCCACCGGUGAUGGGAUAUAUGCAACCGCCGCCGCAGGUGCCGAUCCCCGCCAUGGCGAUGCAAGCGGCCAGCAGCAUCUCGCCAUCGGAGCCGCCCAGCAGGGCCUUCUCUGAUGAUGACAGGUCCGAUCACGGGGGUCGGAUGCAGCAGCCACCAAAGCAGGAGGUUCCACCUACCGCCGACCCCAACAACAGGGCCAUGUUCUACAAUGAUAUGUCGCCUCGGAAUGAGAUGAAGCGAGACAUGCCGGUGGGAACUGAUGCCGCCAGCUAUCGCGCUCCAGCGCCAGCUCCGGAUGCUGCCGCAUCGGCAGCCGCUGCACAGCCACCGCCUGGUUAUGUCUAUGCGCAGAUGCAGCCACAACAGCAGUUACAGCAGCCACCUCAGCAGCAAUUACAGCAGCAGCAGCAAUUACAGCAGCAGCAGCAGUUACAACAGCAAGCUCAGCAGCAAUUGCCACAACAAAUACAGCAGCAGCCACAGCAGCAAUUGCCGCCGCAAUUACAGCAGCAAGCACAGCAGCAGCCUCCGCAGCCGCAGCAAGCACACCAGCCAGCUCCACAGCAAUAUGUCACCGCUGGAAAUCAGCAUUUCAUUCACAACCCAGCCACGGGCACAUUCAUUCCAAUCCAAUCUUAUUACCAACAGACUGUCCCUCAGCAAGCGCCGCAGCAACAGCAGUCGCCUGCAUUUGACCCAAAUACUGGCAUGUAUUACAUCCCUAUGCAGCGUCCAAAUGCACCUCAGCAGUAUACCAUUCCUGCUGGUGCGGUAGCCCCUAUGGCUGCUCCGACACUUGUUGACAGCGUACCGAAGCCAACCGUGCCGAUUCCUCAGCAAUAUAUGAAGCCUGAAUUGCAGCAACCUGGCAUGUACCGAACCGCGGCACCUGCUGCCGCUGCUCCAGGGCCUAACACGACCCCUAAUUAUGCUGGAAUGGGGUACCACCAUGUAAUGCAAUCCCACCACCAUCCUGCAUCGCAGCCUCCGCCGACCAUGGCGGGAAACUAUGGGUACCCCGAGUAUGCUGCUGAUCCCCGCGCACAGGUCUUCUACUCCCAGGCAGGAGCACCACCAGCAUCAUUGCCACCUCAGUAUCAGCAGCCCAUGGGAGCACCUGAUGCCGGCGGUCAGGCUGACAUGAAUCAGAACCGUGGUGGUUCAUAGCGAAGGAUUGGUGAAUUCUGUUAUGCUGCGUAUCCUAGAGGUAAUCCUGCUGUUACUUAUCAUUAUUGUUAUUACAAGUUGCGCAAGUCGAUGGCAAACAUUGGAUAUUGUGAUUGGUCAGCUGUGCAUUCGGGAUCAAAUCAAGCAUGCAUCUGGACUUGUGAUUAGGGGUGGGGGUCCAAAAUAAGAUCAAACCGGUACUAUGUUCGUCCCUGUGUUGCCGAGCCUGAGGGGGAGUUUCUGAUUUGGUCCUGGAGAGUCCAUUUGCCGAUGUUGCAGCAAGCUGGGGGUGGAAGGAAGGCCUGUGAAUGAAGUGUUGGAUUACAGUUCCAAUUGCUUGUCUUAAUUUUUGAAUAAAUAUAUAGUUGUCUAAAAAGCUCAGUAAAAACUUCCGAAUCGAGAACUCAUCAUUUGUGUAGCCCCUCUGUAUAUUUAAAACUCAUGGAUGGUACCGAGGUUGAAAUGUCAGAUAUGUGUUUAUUAUUUAGCUUGCCUUGUAGAAACUUGAUCCCGAGUUAAAUAUCAUCAUACACCCUUUGUCCCAUAUUUUUGUACCAUUAUUGAUAUUGAUGUCGAUACAUUUUCUUC